GCCACGUCUGAAUUUUUGCUUGUGCAUCCUAAAUACAGCAAGUAUUCCGCAUCAUCAUUCAUCUGAAUCUGUCCUCUCAGUCAAUAGAAUUGCCAUGGCUGUCAACAGAAGGACGCAGCAGACUCGCUACGCGGCCUCAUCUUCCGUGUCAGCUUCAUCUAAUUAUCCCACCGAGGAACAAGAAUCGACCAAGACUCUUAGUAUUUUCCGACCCAUCGAAUUGGUCUUCGAGUUGCUAUUAAACCAUGCACAUAUCUGGAAGCUCGGAGGACUCCUUUUCCUGGCUGAAAUAUUUCUCAAUUUUUUCAUUAUCAAGAAGAUUCACUACACAGAAAUCGACUGGGUUGCAUACAUGCAGGAAGUUUCUGGAUAUCUUAAAGGAGAGACUGAUUAUAUGAAGCUACGUGGCGAUACAGGACCACUGGUGUAUCCCGCAGGAUUCGUUUAUAUCUACUCAUUACUUUAUUAUCUCACGGAUUCCGGUGAGAACAUUUAUAAGGGCCAAUGGAUCUUUAUGAGCCUGUAUCUUCUUACACUUAUCAUUGUGUUUGCAAUCUAUGCAAAAGAUAAAAAUAUUCCACCAUAUGUUCUCAUUCCAGUGUGUCUUUCAAAGCGCCUGCAUUCGAUAUAUGUUCUGCGAUUAUUUAAUGAUCCAGUGGCGAUGCUAUUUCUGUAUGCGUCGAUAUUAGCCUUUUUGAAUAGACGUUGGAUACUGAGCAGUUCGUUAUUUAGCUUUGCUAUUUCGAUCAAAAUGAAUAUUCUAUUGUUUUUCCCUGCGUUUGGGUUUUUGAUUUGGCAAACUCAAGGCAUUGUAGGGACGAUUAUCCAGUUGAGCACCAUGCUCUUGAUACAGGUUUUAGUCUCACUUCCAUUUACGCUUCAUUAUCCAGAAAGCUAUGUCCGUAAGGCCUUCGAGUUUUCCCGCGUUUUUGAGUACAAAUGGACGGUCAAUUGGAAGUUCCUGGACGAGAGCACGUUUUUGAGUAAAGACUUUGCAAAGUUACUUCUAGCGGGGCAUAUGGUGGUCCUUUUUGCCUUUGUGUUUUUCAGAUGGAGCAGAUUGGAAGGCGGCAUUGUUUCUGUGGUGCUACGUGGAUCGACAUCACCCAAGAUGGCUCUGUCAGCCCAUGCACAGCAUAUAAAGCCUAGCCAUGUGUUGACAUUAAUGUUCACAAGCAAUUUUAUCGGGAUAGUGUUUGCAAGAUCCUUGCAUUAUCAGUUUUAUUCAUGGUAUAGCAUGACACUCCCUUAUUUGUUAUGGCAAACAAGGUUGCCUGUGAUUAUUCGGAUAGUGCUAUUAGGCAUGGUUGAAUGGUCAUGGAAUGUAUAUCCUGCCACCCCCAAGAGUUCAGGUGUCCUUUUUAUAAGCCAUUGUGUGAUCCUAAUGGGGCUUUGGCUGGGUAAAAGUAAAAGUAAAAGAAAAAUAAAACAUUAGUACAUUAGCUGAAAAAUGGUAAAAUGAAAUAAAGAAAACGAG